UCCUCCUGCCUCCUGUGUGUGUGUCUGGUCCUGAGCCCAGGUCGAUGUUUCAUUUGUCUCCAUAAAGCAUCAUUCCUUGUAUCACACCUGAAGCCCGACAGCCUUUGGGCACGGUCACACCGCAGCAUGGCCAUCUCAUCACGCCUUGCCCUGUGGGAGCAAAAGAUCCGGGAAGAGGACCGGAGUCCACCCCCUACUUCUCCUCCUCCACUUUUCUCCGUGAUUCCUGGGGGAUUCAUCAAACAGCUUGUUCGGGAAACAGAGAAAGAAUCCAAGGUAGCUAAAGUGAAAGAGAGAGGUGCCUUGAACACCAAAGAAGACCCUCUGGGGCAGCCUGAGGACAACCACGCCCAGCAGUUUGGGAUAAAAGAUGAGAACAUCCUUGGAGGAGAAAUGGCAAGUGAUGGGCAACUGCUGCAGAACGGCCUGAACGGAGAGCAGCACGAAGGGGAAGUGGCAGCGGAAAUUCCUCCGAAAAAGCCUCUUCCCUUCAAGAGAGGGGUGAAGAGGAGCAACGUCAAGAAAGUCACCUCUCCCACCAGGGAGACAGCAGCAGCUGCCCCCAAACCAGAGGAGACAGUCCAGCCAGGUGAGUCCAUGGCUGCCAAAUCGCCUUGUCCUGAGCAGAGCCCGAAAGAACAAAGUCCAGGAGUGACUGCCCCAGUUCGUGCCCCAGUGAUUGGAAAGGGAUUUCAGCGCCAGCGUGAAGAUCCUGCAAAGGAGGGAAGUGUGCUGAGGAGAAAACGUCCUGAAAGUUCAGAGAAAGAGAAGGCGGUAAUGAAGAAGCAACAGGCACCCCAAAUCAAAGCUGAAAUCAAGAAGAAGCAGGGCGAGAUCAAGGAGAAACCAAUGGAAGUCAAGAAGGAACAAGAGGAAAUCAAGGGAAAGACAGCACAAAUCAGGGAGGAACCAGUGGAAAUCAGGGCGGAACAAGGGGAGAUCAAGGAGGAACAAAGGGAGAUCAAGGAGGAACCAAUGGAAAUCAAGGAGGAACAAGGGGAGAUCAAGGAGGAACAAAGGGAGAUCAAGGAGAAGCCUGUGGAAAUCAAGGAGGAACCUGGAGAAAUCAAGGAGCCAGGGGAAAGCACAGAUUCAAACAAGGUGCAUGACGAUGUAUGGUAUGAAACGGAGAAAGUUUGGCUUGUGGAGAAGGAUGGAUUUACACUUGCCACCGUGCUGAAGCCAGAUGUGGGCACCCCAGAGCUGCCCGCUGGGCGGCUGAGGAUUCGCAUCGAUGCUGACAACACCGUCACUGAGGUGGAUGAGGAGACGCUUCACCGGACUAACCCCUCCACGCUGGAUUGCACAGAAGAUCUUGCUGCACUGAUUAGUCUGAACGAAUCGAGUGUCAUUCACACACUGCAGCACCGGUACUGGUCCCAGCUCUGCCACACGUACGCUGGGCCCAGCCUGGUUGCUGUCAAGCCCAGCUGGGCUGCUACUAGCUACUCAGGAAAGGUGUUUCGCGGGAAGCGAGAUAGCAUGCCCCCUCACAUCUGCUCCCUGGCACAGAAAGCCUACUGGAGCCUGCUCAUGCGUCGGCAGGACCAGGCUAUUGUGCCCUUGGGGAGAAGUGGCGCUGGGAAAACAACCUGCUGCCAGAGCACUCUGGAAUACCUGGUGGGUGCCGCCCGCAGCGUGGACAACAGAGUCUCAGUGGAGAAGAUUCAGGCCAUGUUCACCAUCCUCAAAGCCUUUGGGACGGUCACCACAGGCCACAACAGCACCUCCACUCGCUUCUCCAUGGCCAUGUCCCUGGAUUUCAAUGCCACUGGCCGAAUUACAGCUGCUCACCUCCAGACGAUGCUGCUGGAAAGGGUUCGUGUCACACAACAGCCGGAAGGAGAGAGCAACUUCAAUGUCUUUUCUCAGAUGCUGGCAGGCCUGGACAUGGCUCACAGGACGAUGCUACACUUGCACCAGAUGGCUGAGAGCAACUCCUUUGGAAUCCGGCCGUGUGCAAAGACUGAAGAGAAGCAGAAGGCCUCUGCAGCAUUUGUCCAACUUCAAGCUGCUAUGGAGACUUUGGGAAUCACGGCAGAUGAACAGAGUGCCAUUUGGCGCGUGUUAGCAGGGAUCUACCACCUAGGAGCAGCAGGGGCAUGUAAAGUUGGCAGGAAGCAGUUCAUGAAAUUUGAGUGGGCUAACAAAGCUGCAGAGGUGCUCGGCUGUGAUUAUGAGGAGCUCACAACCUCCGUCUUCAAGCACCAUCUGAAACAGAUAAUAGAACAGGUCACAUCUGGAACAAGUCGGCCGAGCAAAGACCAGGAACAAAACGCUGGGGCCAAGAUGACUGGCGUGGAAUGUGUGGAAGGAAUGGCUUCUGGUCUCUAUGAAGAACUGUUUGCUGCUCUUGUGUCUCUGAUCAACAGGUCUUUCUCAUCCAGUCACCUCUCCAUGGCUUCCAUCAUGGUGGUAGAUGCCCCUGGUUUCCACAACCCUCGACACCAGAAGAAGGAGCGAGCUGCUACUUUUGAGGAGCUUUGUCACAAUUAUGUGCAUGAGCGGCUGCAGGCUCUCUUCUACAAGAGAACAUUCGUGUCUGAGCUGGAGCGGUACAGGGAGGAGAAUGUUGAGGUGCCGUGUGAGCUGCCAGAGCUCUCUCCCAUGGCCACGGUGUCUGUCAUCGAGCAGAACUCCUCACAGUUGCAUGUGCCGCCUGGGGGCCAGGCAGAAGACCCCAAGGGCUUGCUCUGGAUCCUGGAUGAGGAGGUUUUGAUCCCAGGCUCCAGCGACAGCGUCGUGCUCGACCGACUGUGCUCGUACUUUGCCAAGAAGGGCGCAGAGAGCGAAGAGGAAGGCGUCCUUCGCAAAUGUGAGCAGAUGCUGCAGUGUGAGAUCUUCCACCAGCUGGGCAAAGACCCCGUUCGUUACGACCUGACUGGCUGGAUGAAUAAAGCCAAGCUGAACUUGUCAGCCCAGAAUGCCAUUCAAGUCCUGCAGCAAUCCCAAAUAGAUGCUCUGAAGAAGCUGUUUCUGCCUCGGUCCAAAAUGCUCCUUAUUUGCCGAUCAGUGGCAGGUCUGGAGGGGCACUCCCAGCAGGCUUUGCAGCGCACGGGUUGCGUGAGGAAGACGUUCGCCAGCAGCUUUGCAGCAGUGAAGAAGAGAUCUGUGUGUGCUCAGAUCAAACUUCAGAUGGAUGCGCUGACAAAUCUGGUCAAACGGUCCCAGAUACACUUUGUCCAUUGUCUCGUUCCAAGAGCGGGAGUGGAUGGCACAGAUGGGAAGCCACCCUGCCUCACAGGAGAAGCAGAGCUCACUUUGGACGUACCAACCCUGAGAGUUCAGUUGUCUGGAGCCCAGCUAUUAGAUGCAUUACGUCUGUACAGGAUCGGUUACGCAGAUCGCAUGGUGCUGACUCAGUUCCGACACCGGUUCCAGGUGCUGGCUCAGCCAGCGAUGAAGAAAUUCACGUCAGCAUAUGAGAUACCGCAUGAGAAUAAGGCAAUAGAAGAGCUCUUCAAGGUACUUGAUCUGGAAAAGAAAAGUGUUGCAGUGGGACGCAGUCAGGUUUUCCUGAAACCCGGCGUCAUCUCUAGGCUGGAGAAGCAGCGGGAGAAGUUGAUAUCCCAGAACAUGAUUCUGAUCCAGGCAGCUUGCAAGGGCUUCCUCUCCCGCCAGAAAUUCAAGAGAUUAAAGAUUCAGCGCAUAGCUGUCCGGUGCAUCCAGAGGAAUCUGGCAGCGUUUCAAGUGGUGAAGGACUGGCCAUGGUGGCAACUGAUGAGCUGGGUUCGGCCCUUGCUUCGUGUGAACUUAGUGGAAGACCAGCUCCGAGUCAAAGAUGAAGAGCUCACAGCGCUAAGAAGAAAGCUAGAAAAAUCAGAGCAGUCCUGCAGUGAACUUCGGCAGAACACAGACGUACUGGAAAGCAAGGUAAAUGCUGAUAAAGUCUCUCGCUGUGCCUCUUUCCGGUAUGGUUUGAGGGCCUGCCAGGUCCUAGAAGGCGAACGGGCUGAGCGGCUCCGGGGGGCGCGGGAGAUAAAAGAACUGCAGAGUAAAUACGACCAAGUGCGAAAGGAAUUUGAGUCAGUGGAAAAGCAGCUGGAGGAAACUCAGCAGCAAAUUCAGUUGCGUGAAAUUGGGCUACACGGCGCAGCUGGAGAAGAGGAGUGGCAGAUGCGCUUUGACUGUGCUCAGACGGAAAUCACCUUUCUCAGAAAACGCCUUGCGCAGCUUGAAGAGAGGCUGGGGGCUGAACUGAACUCUAGGAAAGAGCUGGAGCACAAGCUCUGUGAGGUGCAAAACAACUAUGAAAGCGUCAAGAAGGUGGCACAGCAGAUGAAGAGGAAGUGCAAACACUUGGCCUGUGACCUGGAGGACACCCGGGUUCUUACAGAAAACCUGCAGAGCCGCAAUCACGAACUGGUGAAGAAGCAGAAAAAGUUUGACAUGCAGCUAGCCCAGGCCUUGGGAGAGUCAGCAUUUGAAAAGAGCCUUCGUGAAAAAGUGACCCAGGAGAACACCACCAUCCGAUGGGAGCUGGGUAAACUUCAGCAGAUGUCAGAGCAAAAGGACCUGGAAACAUCCAAUCUGAAUCAGCGAAUAGCACUGCUGGCCACCCAAGUGCAGGAGCUCACCUCAUCAGAGACCUGGGAUGAAGGGGCUGUGGCUGCGCUACGGAAGAAGCUUUGGGAGCUGGAGUCCAAUGCUGCUGAACAGCAAAACGAACUGAGCCGACAUGUGACUGCUGCUGAGCAGCUGGAGCAGCUCCACAUGAGGCUUGAAAUGGAAAUAGAACGGAUGAAGCAGAUGCACCAGAAGGACCUGGAAGACAAAGAAGAGGAGCUAGAGGAUGUUCGCCAGUCCUGUCAGAGGAGGCUUCGUCAGCUGGAGAUGCAGUUGGAGCAGGAAUCUGAGGAGAAGCAGAUGGUGCUCCAUGAGAAGCAGGAUCUGGAAGGGCUCAUUGGGACCCUCUGUGAGCAGAUUGGUCAUCGGGACUUUGACGUAGAGAAGCGGCUUAGGCGGGACCUGAAGAGGACACAUGCUCUGCUUGCGGAUGUGCAGCUCUUGCUUGUGACCACUGGAGAGCCCAAUUCAUCCGUUGGCAAAGAGGAGCUUGAAAAAAUUCGCAGUCAGUGGGAAGAGAGCAAAGCCCAGUAUGCAGAAGCCCAGAAGUCCCAGAAGGCGAUGGCGCUGGAACUGGAGAGCCUACACGUGGAACUGGAAACAAUUAGCAGGAAUAAGAACCUGGUUGAAGAGCAGCUCUACCAGCUGCAGCACGAGAAAGCUGAUCUCCUGAAACGGAUUGAUGAGGACCAGGAGGAUCUGAAUGAACUUAUGACAAAACACAAAGCUCUGAUUGCCCAGUCUGCAGUGGACAUUACCCAGAUUCGGGAGCUACAGUCACAGCUGGAGGAAGUGAAGAAAGAGAAACAAAGUCUUCAAGAGAAACUGCAGGUGGCUCUGACCCGGAUUGCAUAUUUGGAGCAGUCGAUGGUUGAACGCUCAAUCGUCAGUCGACAGGAAGCCCUGAUCUGUGACCUAGAGAACAAACUGGAGUUCCAGAGUGUGCAGGUUAAGCGAUUUGAGAUGCUUGUCCUUCGGUUACGGGACAGCGUAAUAAAGAUGGGAGAGGAACUGGAAAAGGCUGCAGAGCCAGAGGCUGGAGAGAAGGAGAACACCAAGUAUUACCAGAUGCGCAUGGAGGAGAUGAAAGCAGAUAUGAAUGAGCUGGUGCAGAGAGAGCUGGAAGCCAGUCGCAGGCGGGUGGAGCUGGAAAAGCAAGUAGAGGAGUUGUCUGCAGUGAGGCAGACCUUACAAGCAGACCUGGAAACCUCGAUUCGACGCAUUGCAGAUCUGCAGGUCGCCCUCGAAGAAGUGCAGUCCAGCGAUGGAAGUGAUACAGAGAGUGUCCAGACAGCCCGGGAAUCUGCCUAUUCAAGAGGAGAUAUGGACAACCAGUCUAGCUUAGGCUCCACUCUGAGUCUGGAGCCAGAAGAAAGCCUCAAAUCCUGGCUGGGAUCUUCACUGGGAUGGUCAUCACCUUCAGUUUCCAGUGUUGCUGGGAGUCUCUCUAAGCAGUCCACAGGCAGCUGCAGCCUGAGGUAAGAGAUGCCCAGAACU